GAGCGCCCAAGAUGCGGGGAGCCCUGGGCGCCGGCGGCCGCAGUAGCGCCGGAGCCGGGGGCGCGCCGCAGCCUCUGCCCGCCCGCUGGUCCUGACCUGUGCCUCGCGUGGGUUUCCCCCCACCCUCCCCAAAGAAUGUCAGCCACGUCCGCGGGCCCCCAGACCUCGUCCGCUCCGACCAAGGGACCUCCCGUAGCCCCCAAAACCAAGGUGAAGGAGCAGAUCAAGAUGAUCGUGGAGGACCUGGAACUGGUCCUGGGCGACCUGAAGGACGUGGCCAAAGAACUCAAGGAGGUGGUGGACCAGAUCGACACCCUGACCUCGGACCUGCGGCUGGAGGACGAGGUGACCGACAGCUCCAAAACCGACUCGCUCGACAGCAGCUCCAGCGGCGCCACCGCCUCCAGCGCCGAGAAGCCCCAGGGACGCUGGGGGGGCCAGCAGCCUCCAGGCGGCCCCCCGCGCGCCCCCCGCGCGCCCCCCGCGCACCCGUGCGCCAUCCUCACCGUCCUGCGGAGACCGCGCCCGCCGCCGCCUCCCCCGCGGCUCACCCCGGUGGGGCGCACGGGGCCCACCACCGCCCACCCGGUGAAGACCAACGGCUCCCUGCUGCGGACCGCCGGCGGCCUGCGGGGGGUGCCGAACCUCACGCCCAACGGAGACGCGUGCGGCCUGCUCCCCCGCGGUGGCGGCCCCGCGGAGGCCGCGGAGGCCCGCGCGGAACGGGCCGCAACGCGCGAGCGCGUGCGCUUCAGCGAGACCGUGCUGUACCACGGCGGCCGGGUCCCCGUGCGGGGCGAGCCGGGCCGCGCUCCGGGCCCCGCGCCGCCGCCGCCGCGCUCCGUGCUCCUGCUGCCGGCGCCGCGCCUCCUCCUCCUCCCCCACGCCGCCCUCCCGCUGGAGAACGGGGACCCCGCGCCCACCACCCCCGCCACGGUGCCUCCUCCCCACGCCACCCCCACGCCGCCGAGGACCAUCCUGAGGAAGCCCCCCGCCACCUCCACCACCACCACC